AGAAACAUGUCAAAAGAGUCCCAGAGCCCAAAAAGGAAGAGACGAAGGUGUCUUCCUGUUGGAGAAAUAAUGGAAGCUGAAGAAGAGAAACCAGAGUUCAAAAUAAUAGAUGGACUGAGAUAUGUGGUUCCUUACAAGUUCAUACUUCGUACUUACACAAAGAAGAGGUGGUUUGAUAGGGGGAUUUUAGAGGUAUUAUCCCAAGAAUUCCAAGCCUACCCGGCAUCCUACUACGAAACAGCACUGUCCAGCGGCAGGAUCACUGUGAACGACAAGACAGUGGGACAUGACUAUCUGCUGCAAGAUCACGACUUUAUCGCUCACCAUGUUCACAGACACGAACCUCCCGUUAUAGACGGGGUAAUUCAGACAAUAGCGGAGUGCGAGGAGAUACUGGUGGUAAACAAGCCUGCUUCAAUUCCAAUACAUACGACAGGAAGGUACAGACACAAUACACUUCUCAAACAUUUGGAGACGAAACACGGUCAAAAGCUUUUCACUUGCCAUAGGCUGGAUCGGCUAACUUCUGGUAUUAUUGUGCUUCUGAAAACUACUCAGAAAGCAAAGGAGUAUGGUGCACUGUUUAGAGCCCAGAAAGUAAGUAAAACCUACAUAGCACUGUGUGACGGUGAGUUCCCAGUUGACGGACUGUCCUGCUCGGAGCCUAUCUUACAAGUAUCUCACAAGUUAGGAAUCAACAAAGUGGACCACGUGAACGGUAAAGCUGCUCACACUGACUUUAAGAGGUUACAUUAUGACAGAGCAACCAACAGGAGCUUAGUUCUGUGCUUGCCUCAAACUGGAAAGAUGCAUCAGAUAAGAGUUCACUUGGCUCACAGGGGUUAUCCUAUAACCAAUGAUCCUAUCUACUCUCGAGAGAACUGGGCCAAGAAGUCCACUGAUGAGUUUAGCAAGGAGUUGACUGAAGUUCUCUUCAGGAAUGAUAAUAUUUCUACACUGAUUAGUAGUAAAAUGGAGGACAAUGUUUCUGAUAAACUCAAGCAGAGUAUUUCUACCGGAGAAAAGGAAUGUUCCUCGGAACCACCUGAUAAGGAAGCUAAAGAUAAGGAACCAACUGAUAAGGAAGCUAAAGAGGCUGACACCACUGCAGUACCAGAUACCGUAAAGAAUGAUACAACAGUCUCAGAAGAUAGCUUGCAGCAGUCAGCAGGACACUGCACAGUGUCCGGGGACGGCAUUAAACAAGCAGCUGAAAUCUCCAUAACCCCAGAGGGUAAGUUCUGUCUGGAUGGUAAAGUGUACGCGCGGAUCCCACGUCUCAGUUACGAGAAGGGGUGUCCAGAGUGCAGCUGGAUCCGGCUAGUUCCUGAUCCUCAGGAUAUGUUCAUCUUCUUGCAUGCUGUCAGGUAUGAGUUAGAUGGCAAGUUUUAUGUUUCACCACUCCCUGAAUGGUGUCCUAAAGAGUGGAUCCCGGAGGAGUUUCACCAGCUGCUGCAGAUGUCUCCUUCAGCUUGAGGGUAUUCGCAAUCUGUUUUAAUUGUCUAACUUGGUCUUUAAAUUAUUUAACUAAGUUAUCAUUUCAGAUUACCGGGUGUUUUUUUACUUUUUAGCGAAAAAUAUUUUUAAUCGUUUGUUUUUAGAUUUUAAUUCUUAUUAAGGAUUGGGUAUAAUAUUUUGUAUUUUGCUUUUGUUAACUUAUUACAAUUGUCAGUAAAACCUCUUAAUAUAAUUUAUGAGUUUCAUUGUAUUGUAGUGACGAAUCGGUGACUUAGGUUGGGAUAAAUUUUACUAUGAUUUAAUGUUAUUGAAACGUCGCAAUGAUGUCGUUUCUACGUCUGUUUAAUAAUAUCAUGUACAUAUGCAAGGUGAGCUAAUGUAAGUCCGCCCUGUAUGACCGUUACAUUAACUUUAGUUAGUUUCCUUACUCUUACUCGACUUGUUUUAGUUCCUAAAAUUUGGCUCGCCUACUUCGGUGAUACCCUUGUAACUUAUAAUCACUAAUCUUAGUAAAAGGUCAAUGAGUGCCGAAACGUCGAUUAUUUUAUUUAGUUUUCA